AUGUUUCAAGCAGGGACGGAAACUCAGACAAAACACGAAAACAAACAGAAAACAGGAGAUAGGCUGGCUCAAAGCACGCUGUUGUUUGACGAGCUUGUUGUCUCUAUAUCUGCUCUUGAGCUGGCGCGCUGCAGCUUUGCGCUGUCAAGACAUCUGGUUGACUUGUUUGUGUGCUGUGUUGUUGUAUGGCCGUAUAGAAAGUAUUUGCAGCCAAAUGAAGUGUUUGCUGUGCUAGGAGCCGUGCGGUGGAUUUUUCGCAAAACAGAGAUCCCCACCGAGCUGUUUUUCUCUCUUGGGAUCCAGCACAAGAGUAUGCCGAUUGGGUGCAGCCUAAAACACAUGGCGGUAUAUGGACUUCGAGAGCUUUUUACAGACGUAAAAACACUCUCUGGAAUAGUGGCAUGGGCUGGAGGCGCUCUGUACGCGCUUGUUAGCAUCGGAGUAUUGUGUGUGCUAUUUCGCUUUGAAGUGUCUGUUAAUGUAAAGAGAAAGUUCUUUCACUGGGCCCUGUUUCUGUACUACUCGAUCUUUCCUGCAAGGAUCGCCAGAACACAGUCUGUUUGUCUUUUGUUUCUAGUGCAGCUGGGGCUAAAGCUGCUUGAGUCGUACGGUCACUUUUUUAAUGUAGACGGGAAGAGCAUGCUGAGCGGGCUUACAUCCGAGAAAGACAGAAGGGGAGUUAUCUCGCACGUGCUUCUGUUGGCAGGGUUUCUUUUCUCAAUUGACGGGAUCCGAAAAGAUAGAAAGCGUCUUUUUUUUGUGCUGUCCUCUGUGGGGAUAGUGGACGGGAUUUCGUGUUUUUUCCCAAAGUCCAAGAACACGCACAAAAGCAAAAUAGGGAGCUGUGUGGGAGCAGUCGUGGCCAAAGCCAUUCUCAGCCUCUUUUUCCAGGCAGACUAUCCUUUAUGGAUGUAUCUCUUUGUCGGAAUGGGCGAGUACUGCGCGCACAUGAACGACAACAUCCUUCUUCUGGUGAUUGCGCAUGGAGUCACGCACAGAGAUAGCGGUUUUCAGAAAAUAGAAAAAGUGCACAUGUCUUAG